CAUGGUAUACAGAAACUUUACUGUACUCAGAAAAAUAUCCUCAACCACACUGCAAGAUAUACACACCAACAAAUAACUGACAAGUGGGCUAGAAUUAGUUCAGUCGAGUGACUAGGCCACCACCUAUUGGAAAUUUACCAAAGAACUGAAACUGUGCUGAAACAAUAAGAGGCGAGCAGAAAGAAAUUUAUCGGUUUGUAAACACUAAUACUAAUGAUAUGUGAUUGGACAAUGUAACCGACUUGGCUUUUCUAAAAGUUCGCUACACUUAUGAGACUUCUUGUCGUUAAGACAUGCAGUUCAAUCCUGACUCCUCUGUGUCGGGGUAUGGCAUAUUAUCACAUUGAGUGGAAACCGAAACCUUAUCCCUGCACAAAGGCCGAACGAGAAGCGGCUGCCAAACGUUACAAUCUCUUACCUUCUGAUUAUAAACCAUUUGAGGACGAUGGUUUGGCACCAGGAGACUACUUCUACGUAGAACCGUAUAACGCGAAUAAUCGCAGCCCAUGGGAACCCUAUGACUUCCCACGUGAAAGACGAGAUUUUAAUGACCCGCAACAGUUCAACGCGCAAAUGUAUCUUGCUUCCGGAUAUAAUCCUACAAUACUAAAUGAAAUUUUAAAAGGACAGCCAAUGUGGUAUAUACUGUUCAAGACGUUUGCACCGUUCUUUGGCCUUUGGAUGUUCUUAUAUCUCGGUCAAAUGUAUUGCUUCUUUCUCCCGAUGGUAAGUACUAUAAAUUUGAACGUCACUUUUCGUUUUAUAAUCGAGUUAGUUAUAAUAUUUACAGGAUCAUCCGAAAAGUAAGACUAGGAACUUAAAAUUCCAUAACAACUCCAAGCUUUAAUUUCUUAAAUAGUAGAUGACAGGAAAUCUUCAGCAACUUCCAGGCGAACUUAUAGCUACACUUUGAAUACCAACCAUCAUGAAUUUGCCUACCGACUUAUAAUGCGGUAAAAAAGCUGAGACAACUAAGUAGUAGGACCAUGGAGCUGUAGUUUUGAGUUUAACUAGCAGAUUUGGGCCGCUCCAAUACUAUAUACUGAGCAGUCAGUUUGAGAAGCGUAAUGUUUCUAGUUAUUUGAUGUCUAGAUGGUGUACAAAGGCAAACAGUUCGCGAACCCAACAGUUCACUUCUGUCAUGAGAUCUAAUCAUUAUAAGUGGACAAAGGUCAUCGACAUUCGACUGCAUAUUUUUUCGAAGCACUUUUCCAUGUGACAAAACCACUAAAUUCGUUGCGUCAAAGUUAGGCAAGAAAAACAUACCAAUUGGCAGCUAUAUCAGCAGAUUUGUACAUCGUAACGACCAUCAUGUGCAUGUAUAAGUGACCCCGAAAACGUCACAUAUAUGUAGGUCGUUUCGAAAUCACACCGUACGAAAGUCGUUCAGCAACUAGCUGACUGGACAAAAUCGCUUAUCUAAAGCAUAGUACAUACCUCAACAUUGUUCAGUUAAUGAACAUUUAGGUAAACUAUAGCCGGUUGUCCAAAAACGGUUGCUAAUUUUUUUCCUUCUUUUUACAGAAAGCGAAGCAAUAUCCACAUGCAGUGGACAAAGAAAAUCACUAUACUUUUGAAAAGCUUGGGUAGAUCCGUAUGUCCGAAUAGAAAGUAAUAAAGUCGUAGUAAACAAAAAGAAUGGCUUAUUAUUAUUGGGAUUUUUUAUUGCCAGCAUAAUUAACCACAAUUAUUUGCUUCACAUAAAUACACUGAAAUUUGGGACUGCAUGGGCACAAACAUUGGGGUGCCAUUCUUGAUAAAUAAUUGCAACAUUCCGUGGAUAAGAGAAUUGUGUGCAUAGUUGUAUUCAGGUUUUCCGACUCGAUGCUGACUUUCUCAAUUGUCGUUCAUACUGAUAUUCACGUUCAUUUGCUCUAUUGAAAAAUGCUUGCCUUUCCAGAUACC